AUAUACACUGCGCCCAACCACAUUGCCACACAUACACAUACACACCUGGUGGUCACCCCUUUGGAUGUCCACAGACAGGCAUGAAGGCAGGGUCCAAGCAGAGGAGGAGAUUCCUCAACCUCAAAGCCUUCCUCCAUGCGUGGAAGAGGCUCGCCGCCGCUGAGACGGCGGGCGGCGCUGGGUGGGCCCAGCUCGACGGCGGCGAGGGCGAGGCCGCCAUCCCCAGGGACGUGCCCAGGGGCCACACGGUGGUGUACGUCGGGGAGGCGCUGAGGCGGUACGUUGUCAGGGUGUCCUCCCUCGACCACCCGCUGUUCCGCGACCUGCUCGACCGGGCGCGGGACGAGUACGGCUUCGCCGCCGCCGACACCAGGCUGUGCCUCCCCUGCGACGAGGACAUGUUCCUCGCUGUCCUCUGCCAUGUCGACGCCCAGCGCGAGUGGAGCCCGGCACUGUGCAGCUGACCGCGGUACCGGCCCGCCCUCGUUGUAUUUGACCGCCUCUGUGUUCCGUAAUUCAGCUCGAGAUGUUCAAAAAACCAUUAUGGGUGUAGGCUGAAUUAUAGGGUAUAGGCUGUAGAGCAAGCUAGCAAUUAGCUCCAGUGUGGUCCAUAACCAUAUUGUGCCCCAACUUUUCAAGGAUGCACCGCAAGGUGCUUUGAAUUGUUUUAGAUGCAACUGUAAAGAGUCCGUAACCGGGAGAGGCAUGCACGCAUCCGAGUGCCGGGGCAGGCCGGGGUACACUGCCAUUUCUGGCACAUAUUGUGGCCUCAAGAGUGUGCCCAUGGCUGAACUUACAACCAGCUGGUUUCCCUUGCAAGAGGUGACGCACGAAUGCACUUUUGUAGAGUGCCAUGACACGCCUUACACGCAUGAACAUUUGACCUGUACGGUGGCACUAGAAUGUGCCGCAAACAGACCAAGGCGAACCCGACUAAUUAUACAGACCAGAUGCCAAUAGAUUCUAAAUU